GAGCCAUGUGGAUGCAGACGUGGAGUUUUGUGACAGACGUAUAUCGCAGCUGCACACCUGUCAGCGUCGUCUUCUUCAUUCCCUCAGGAGGAUCAGGAAUACAAAGACAGCAGGAGGUCUCUCUGGACUGCUCGCAAGCGGAGUCAUAAAACAAAGCAACAGCUGAAAAAAUGACAGAUAUACUGGAUGACAACUCCUUCAUGUUCACCUCAGAGUCCGUAGGAGAGGGACACCCAGAUAAGAUUUGCGACCAGAUCAGUGAUGCAGUCCUGGAUGCACACCUAAAGCAGGACCCCGAUGCCAAAGUGGCCUGCGAGACUGUGUGUAAGACUGGCAUGGUGUUGCUCUGCGGUGAGAUCACAUCCCGGGCCAACGUGGACUAUCAGAAGGUUGUGAGGGACACCAUCAAACACAUCGGAUAUGACAACUCUGAUAAAGGAUUUGACUACAAGACAUGCAACGUGCUGGUGGCUCUGGAGCAGCAGAGUCCGGACAUUGCUCAGGGUGUCCAUGUUGACAGACAAGAGGAGGACAUUGGAGCAGGAGAUCAGGGUCUGAUGUUUGGCUAUGCCACAGAUGAAACAGAGGAGUGCAUGCCCCUGACCAUCGUCUUAGCUCACAAGCUUAACGCAAAGAUGGCUGAGCUGAGGCGCAAUGGCACGGUGCCCUGGCUCCGCCCUGACUCUAAAACACAGGUGACGGUACAUUAUGAGCAGAAGGAUGGAGCUGUGAUUCCUAAGAGAGUUCACACGAUUGUGAUCUCCGUGCAGCACGAUGACGGGGUCACCCUGGAGGAACAGCAGAAAGCCCUGAAAGAAAAGGUGAUCAAAGCUGUGGUUCCUGCAAAAUACCUGGAUGACAAAACCAUCUGCCACCUCCAGCCAAGCGGUCGGUUUGUCAUCGGAGGUCCCCAGGGUGACGCUGGUGUAACGGGCAGGAAGAUCAUCGUGGACACAUACGGAGGCUGGGGCGCUCAUGGUGGAGGAGCUUUCUCUGGUAAAGACUUCUCGAAGGUGGACCGGUCUGCAGCGUACGCUGCUCGCUGGGUGGCCAAGUCUCUGGUCAAAGCCAAACUGUGCAGAAGAGUUCUGGUCCAGGUGUCUUAUGCUAUUGGAGUGGCUCAGCCUCUGUCCAUUUCCUUGUUCACAUAUGGAUCUUCCAAGAAAACAGAGUCCGAACUGCUUAAGAUUGUCAACAAGAACUUUGAUCUACGACCAGGAGUCAUUGUCAGGGAUCUGCAGCUGAAGAGGCCGAUCUACCAGCAGACGGCCGCUUAUGGCCACUUUGGACGGUCAGAGUUUUCUUGGGAGGUGCCUAAAAAGCUCGUGUUCUGAGCCCUUCACCUGCAUAAAUGAAUCCACCCACCAAGUCCUCCUCUUUGCUGGUCAUAACUUAUUGCUUAUCAACCAAUUUAACAAGUAGAAAAGAACAAAAACACAGAGUGGUUGUAGGUACCGAAAAUGCAACAGGAGAUUCCUCAGGGAGACCUUACGGAUAUAUUUCACUUUUUUUUUUAAAGCCAAACGCAUUGUUAUUAGUUUUUAAAUUUUGGGAAAAUCACAUAUUUUUUAGGGCCAACGAAUAUUAAAUCCAAGUAGUAAAAAUGGGUCAAACACAUAAGAACAUGUUUAACACUUUAUUUUUAAAGGUGCUAGUUAACAAAAGUAAGGAUUUCAUUAGAAAGGCUUUAUGUGACAAGCGAGAAGCUGCUAUCCAAAUGUAUGGAAAUAAAAGACAAGUAAAUCUUUUUGGCGCAAAAGAAAACGAGUCUUGGUGGGACUGGAUGUUGUAAAGUAGCUCUUCCAUUAACAGUCAACAUUACAGGUUUUCUUUGCUGUAAAAAGUAACAAUCAGCCACAUGUAAACAUGUAAAAUAGAACUGCAUUUAUUUCAUUUUUAUCAUCUAAUGUUCAAACUUCUCUGCACGCAUUUCUCGCUACACUAACCUCCAUGCAAUCUGUGAACAUACAUCUCCAAAGAGGUCUUUUGGCCUUAAACUGAGGUUAAACGUUUAUUUAUGCAGAUCUCCGUCGGUGGAUAAUUUGAGUUUUUUAAUGCAUUUGGAGCAAAACAUAAAUCACAUUCAGAAAACUUCUUAAAUGUCAAUUUUGCUUCACUUCAGUGAAGGUAAAGCAUUCAGUAUUCAUGUUUUUAGUCUGAUCUGUGUCUCAUUUAUUACUAAUAUUUGUUAUAUUCCAAAACAGAUGUCGUCUGGUUGUUCACCUCAUCAGGGUUUUUCUUAAGCGUCAUUAAGAAAACGUCAUUUUCAGUUUUGAUUUGUCUGUAAUUAAAAACGAUUUCAUUCUCUUGACGUUUCCAUAAGGACUGAUGACGUUUUAACACAAACAGCUGCUUUCUUCUCUGCCAUUAAGUGCUUUUGUAAUUGUUAGCAGUUUUUGCCAAACUUGUCGCAGAAGAAACCGAAGCAUGUAAAUAAUUAAACAAUUAAAAACACAA